AUGCCUCCCAAGAAGCAGCCCGACCAGCCUAAGAAGAAGAAGGCCACCGCGGAGGACAAGACCUUUGGUAUGAAGAACAAAAAAGGUGCUCAGGCCAAGAGACAGAUUGAGCAAAUGAAAGCCCAGGAUAAGGCCAACGUGAGACCUGACGAUAAGCGAAAGGCAGCUGAAAAGGCUCGCAUUGAAGCAGAGAAGAAGGCCGCAGCCGAAGCCAAGAAGGAGUCUGCGGAGCUGUUCAAGCCCGUCCAGGUGCAAAAGGUUCCCUUCGGUGUCGACCCCAAGACCGUUGUCUGUGUCUUCUACAAACAGGGAAACUGUGAAAAGGGCCGCAAGUGCAAGUUCAGCCACGACUUGAAUGCCGAGCGCAAGGCUGCCAAGAAGGAUCUGUACACCGAUUCUCGGGAUGUGAAGCAGGACGAGGAGGAGGCGAAGAAGAAGGAUGCCAUGGACGACUGGGACGAAGAGAAGUUGCGCAAGGUCAUUCUCAGCAAGCACGGAAACCCACGAACUACAACCGAGAAGGUCUGCAAAUAUUUUAUCGAAGCUGUCGAGAACCAAAAAUACGGAUGGUUCUGGACUUGUCCCAAUGGUGGUGACAAGUGUAUGUACAGACAUAGCUUGCCGCCUGGAUUCGUUCUGAAGACCAAGGAGCAGAGAAAGGCCGAAAAGGCUUUGAUGGACAAGUCGCCACUCAACACAUUGACCCUGGAAGACUGGCUCGAAUCGGAACGACACAAGCUCACGGGUAACCUCACACCAGUUACCCCCGAGACAUUUGCUCAAUGGAAGAAGAACCGUCUCGACAAGAAGGCCGCUGAGCAACAGGCCAAGCAGGCCAAGGAAGCCACCGGUCGUACUCUGUUUGAGAGCGGGAACUGGAAGGCAGAUGAUGAGAGUGAGGAUGAGGAUGAUGAUGGAUUCAACUUCGACUCUCUCCGGGAGGAAACCGAACGAAUCCGCGCCGAGAAGGAAGAGGAGCGACUUGGGAAGAUCCACGGUUUCACUGUGCCAGACGAGAGCGCGGGUUGA